UGUCAAGGCUGUGCUUGCUGCAGACAGGGUAACUGAUAGCAAAUAUGGUAAACUGCAGACUACAGCGUGUUUGGGGGGCCUCAAAACUUUGAAAAGUGGAUGGACGUGCACUCAGCUCCGUCUUGUCCUUCAGAGGCGAGGGCACCUGUUGAGCAGCUAAUAGGGCAGUUUGCAUCUGGAAUGACUGGCUUGCUCGGGAAGUUGGUUGAGGGGUGGACGUCCCUCAGUGGCUCUGACGGCGACGCGGUUGCGAGGCAAUUCACUUCAUUCGUCCCAGAACGUACACACCGGCCAACCGGUUGCCGUGGCCGGUAUGACUACAACAGUUCCCAGGAGCCCGCUGACACACAAGAUGAACUAGGUGGAGACGCUGGUCUCAGCAAGGAUGACGAUGAUGUCAUGGAUAAUGUGCAAGAGGACACCGAUGAUGAUGAACACGCUGAAGUUCGCGCAGGUGGUAACAAGGGCAAGGAUGCAACAGAUGUCCCCCAACCGGAUAAAGUCAAACAACACACGGCUGUGAGAGGCGAAGGGGUUUUGCCAUCAAAGAGGGGGAUGGCUCCAGAGGGUGCUGGGCAAGUUUCUGCUGGCAAGAGGUCUAGGACCGACCCUGUAGCUGCCAGGAAGAGCGAGCCGACAGCUGGUGGACGAGCAAUUACGAAGAAACAGGCGCCAACGCCAACCCGUGUUUCUGCUCGGUUGAACAAAGGUGCCCCCAUUGCCGGUGAUACCACUUCCACCAGGACAUCUCCUCGCACGACGACAACCAACACCGGGGAUCCUGUCGUGUUGCCAGACCUGAGGAAGGCAGUCAGGAAGUAGGUUUCUUCAUCCUCUUUCAUUGACAUAGCGCUAUAUUUUUUGAUUUUCCAAUGCAUUCGUUUAGCUUGUC